CUGUCGCCAACCCCAUGAAAUCAACAAUUCCGGGGCUUUUGGGUGAUUCUCAACCAAAAGCACUCGAAAAAGCUCCCCCAGAUGAACAAUAUCAAGCGACUGAAGUGUGUUUGUUACUCCCACGAUAAUAUUUAACAUUUUAUCACUGAAUUAAAAUGCCAGAGCCGGUUUAACUCAUCAACUUCGACUCAACGAUUCUUCAUAAUUCGUGGGCAAUACUCGAUAUAUCGUUUGUCAGGCGGUUGUUGUUGUUAUUUGAACGUUGUUUGGACUGUUUUUAUUUUUAAUUCAGGAUUUUAAGUGUUUUAAAUCAGUUUAUAAGGGAAAACUGUGGUUUAGGGGGACCGCUGAGGUUUUCGGGUGUUUAAGGGGAUUUUUAGACUUCACUGGGCAAAAUGUCUUGCAGUUAUGCUGAUGGAUUGUCUCCGUAUGAAAACAAAGGUGUCCUAGGGCUUGAAGAGAAAUACGAGAGUUCUGAGACCCUGAGGUUAAAAUGUGGACUUAUGGCGGAUUGGAUCCAGGGAGCACGUCACGUCGUAGUGCACACAGGCGCAGGGAUCAGCACUACUGCUGGAAUUCCUGACUUCAGGGGACCGAAUGGGGUGUGGACCCUGGAGCAGAAAGGCCUGAAGCCGGAGAGAGGUGUGUCCUUUGACGAUGCCAUACCCACGAAGACCCACAUGUCGCUGAAACGAUUGCUCGAUUGUCAAAAAAUUAAAUUCAUCGUCAGUCAAAAUAUCGAUGGCCUUCAUCUUCGCUCUGGGGUGUCUCGGCAGUAUCUCGCUGAGCUGCAUGGCAACAUGUUUAUUGAGCAGUGUGAUAAAUGUGGAAGGCAAUUCAUCCGUCACUUUGCGACGACAAGUGUCGGCAAGAAAUGCCUGGACACUGUCUGCCGAUCCGAGCAACUCGGUGGACGUCCCUGUCGAGGCCGUAUGCACGAUACAAUUCUCGACUGGGAGCAUAACCUCCCCGACAACGACCUAGCCCUAGCAGACCUCCACUCGAGUGUCGCCGACCUAAGUAUAUGCCUGGGUACAACUCUUCAGAUAAUCCCCAGUGGCAAUCUCCCUCUGUACACUAAAAAAUAUGGCGGCCGGCUUGUUAUAUGCAAUCUCCAGCCCACAAAGCACGACAAAAAAGCUGAUCUCGUGAUAAACGGCAAUGUUGAGGAGAUUAUCACCCACGUGAUGAAAAAAUUGGGCCUUGAAAUACCCACUUACACGACUGAUAUCGAUCCCACGAGAAACUCAGAUCUGUCAUCCUCAGAACUCGAUUGGACAAUUCCCACCAGUCGAAUCAAGGAGAUGAAGGUCCUCUACAAGAAGGUCUGCAAACCGACGAAACGCAACAGGAAGACCUUCAUGUACGAGAGGGAGAGGGAGUGCGAGAAGCCAGCGAAGGCCAGAAAAAAAUCGCUGGUUGUCAAGAAAGAGGAGAUCAGCACUACUGGUGACGAGACCCCAUCAUUCGAGAGUGUUGACAUCAAGGAGGAGAAGGAGAGUCCAGACAUUAAAUUGGAAACUGUUGACAACGAGGGGAACAGUAUCUAACACCAAUUUCAUGAUGGUUUUUACUUCGUUUUCGUGCACCUCAAGUGCUCCAAAAUAAUUACAGCGUUGUAUCAGUAGAGACGAGUAGAUUUUUUCGUUUCAAUGAGUGAGGUUGGAAAUUGUUUGCUCACUUUUGGUUUCAUGGAGAAUGGAGGCAUUGUUUGUGGCUGGGACUUCAUUUUCGGAGACUGUUCGGUGAGAGAAAAAAAAUGCACAAAAGAAGGGUUACUUGAGUAAAAGUACAUUUCUAAGGUUACUGAUUAGGAACUAUUGAAAAAAGGGAGAAAAGUUUUUACUUAUUUUUGUAUCUGACGUAUUAUUAAUACUAUUAUGGCGAUAACCGGUCUAAAUAUUACGGUUUAAAAUAUUGUGAAGAAGAUGGAGUAAACAAUAUCAGAACGAUUCUUUUAACGGUAUUGUUGUAUAUCACUGGCACCCCCUGGCUACUCAUUAUUCAAUCUCACCUUCAAGAAAAAUCCUCCUGAGGUAGAUUAGAGCGGUACCAAUAUUGCUCGCCGUCACCAGGAUCUAAAUCCGGACACUGCCCUCGGUAAUUAAAUAAUUAUUAAUUAACAGAUUAAUACAUCCAGGGGCUUGGCAGACUCAUCUAGAGGUUCCCCUUUUGUCCUACAUUCCCCUAGAACGUCUAUUUCUUAACAUUUAUUUUUUCACUCUAAGUUAGGUUCAAUCGUGUAAUAUUUGCAAUUUCAAUUUUCUUCAUCAUAUUUUUGUAUCGUAAUAUUUUGCGCAAUAUUUCUUACCGUAAUAUUAUGGUUUAGUCGUAUUUAGACCUGUAAUCAUUAUGGCUAUGUGAUUCGUUUGAUCUCCAGUCUGAGCUGCUUACAAUUUUCAUGUGAAAAAUAAUGUAAUGAUUGUGUAAUACUGAAAUAUGAAUGAUUUAGUCCGAUAAGAGGGGAGGGGCAUUUCAUUACAAUUAACUCACCUUUCACCUCGCAAUCCAA